GCCUGUGAUGCUGCUGUCCCCUGUCGCCCCGUGGCCCCACGAUGACCCACAGCCCCGCGUCAAGCGAGGACGAGGAACGCCACAGUGCCAGCGAGUGUCCCGAGGGGGGCUCAGAGUCCGACAGCUCCCCAGACGGGCCCAGCAGAGGCCCCCGGGGGACCAGGGGCCAGGGCAGCGGAGCACCUGGUAGUCUGGCCUCCACCCGAGGCCUCCAGGGCCGCUCCAUGUCUGUCCCGGACGACGCCCACUUCAGCAUGAUGGUCUUCAGGAUUGGCAUCCCGGACCUGCACCAGACAAAAUGUCUGCGGUUCAACCCUGAUGCCACCAUCUGGACAGCCAAGCAGCAGGUGCUCUGCGCCCUGAGCGAGAGCCUGCAGGACGUGCUCAACUACGGUCUGUUCCAGCCGGCCACCUCAGGCCGCGAUGCCAACUUUCUGGAGGAGGAACGGCUACUUCGGGAGUACCCCCAGUCUUUUGAGAAGGGGGUGCCCUACCUGGAGUUUCGAUACAAGACCCGGGUUUACAAACAGACCAACCUGGAUGAGAAGCAGCUGGCCAAAUUGCACACGAAGACGGGGUUGAAGAAGUUCCUGGAGUACGUGCAGCUCGGGACGUCCGACAAGGUGGCGCGGCUGCUGGACAAGGGGCUGGACCCCAAUUAUCAUGACUCGGAUUCAGGAGAGACCCCCCUGACUCUGGCUGCCCAGACGGAAGGCUCUGUAGAGGUGAUUCGAACCCUGUGCCUGGGAGGGGCCCACAUCGACUUCCGGGCCCGGGAUGGCAUGACAGCGCUGCACAAAGCUGCGUGUGCCCGUCACUGCCUCGCUCUCACGGCACUCCUGGACCUUGGGGGCUCCCCCAACUACAAGGACCGCCGAGGCCUGACCCCUCUGUUCCAUACGGCGAUGGUGGGGGGCGACCCCCGCUGCUGUGAGCUCCUCCUGUACAACAGGGCCCAGCUGGGCAUAGCUGAUGAGAAUGGCUGGCAGGAGAUUCACCAGGCCUGCCAGCGGGGUCACUCUCAGCACCUGGAACACCUGCUCUUCUACGGGGCUGAGCCCGGAGCCCAGAACGCCUCGGGGAACACGGCCUUGCACAUCUGCGCCCUCUACAAUAAGGAGACCUGCGCUCGGAUCCUCCUCUAUCGAGGAGCCAACAAGGAUGUGAAGAAUAACAAUGGACAGACCCCCUUCCAGGUGGCAGUGAUCGCUGGGAAUUUUGAAUUGGGGGAGCUGAUCCGAAACCACCGAGAACAGGAUGUGGUGCCCUUCCAGGAGUCCCCCAAGUACGCAGCCCGGCGACGGGGACCCCCCGGCGUAGGGCUGACGGUGCCCCCGGCACUGCUUCGGGCCAACAGUGAUACCAGCAUGGCCCUGCCCGACUGGAUGGUGUUUGCCGCCCCGGGGACCUCGUCCUCUGGGGCCCCUGGCCCUACCUCAGGGCCCCAGGGCCAGUCGCAGCCCUUGGCCCCCAGCACCAAGCUCAGCAGUGGGACCCUCCGAAGUGCCAGCAGCCCCCGGGGCGCCCGGGCCCGCUCCCCAUCCCGCGGGAGGCACCCUGAAGAGGCCAAGAGGCAGCCCCGUGGACGGCCCAGCUCCAGUGGGACGCCCAGGGAAGGGCCGGCAGGGGGCACAGGGGGCUCAGGGGGCCCUGGGGGCUCCCUGGGCAGCCGCGGGAGGCGCAGGAAGCUCUACUCAGCAGUACCCGGACGCUCCUUCAUGGCCGUGAAGUCCUACCAGGCCCAAGCCGAGGGGGAGAUCUCCCUGAGCAAGGGGGAGAAGAUCAAAGUGCUUAGCAUCGGGGAAGGAGGCUUCUGGGAAGGCCAGGUCAAAGGUCGCGUUGGCUGGUUCCCCUCUGACUGCCUAGAAGAGGUGGCGAACCGCUCCCAGGAGGGAAAGCAAGAAAGCCGCAGUGACAAGGCAAAGAGACUCUUCCGGCAUUAUACCGUGGGCUCCUACGACAGCUUUGAUGCCCCAAGCUUGAUGGAUGGGAUUGGCCCAGGGAGCGAUUACAUCAUUAAGGAGAAGACAGUCUUGCUGCAGAAGAAGGACAGUGAGGGGUUUGGGUUCGUGCUCCGGGGGGCCAAGGCGCAGACCCCCAUCGAGGAGUUCACCCCCACCCCGGCCUUCCCGGCACUGCAGUAUCUGGAGUCUGUGGAUGAGGGUGGCGUGGCAUGGCGAGCUGGACUUCGUAUGGGAGACUUCCUCAUCGAGGUGAACGGGCAGAAUGUGGUGAAGGUUGGCCACCGGCAGGUGGUGAACAUGAUCCGCCAAGGGGGCAACACGCUGAUGGUCAAGGUGGUGAUGGUCACCAGGCACCCGGACAUGGAUGAGGCUGUCCAUAAGAAAGCACCCCAGCAGGCUAAGCGGCUCCCGCCCCCAGCCAUCUCUCUGCGUUCCAAGUCUAUGACCUCAGAGCUGGAGGAGAUGGAGUAUGAGCAGCAGCCUGCGCCGGUGCCCAGCAUGGAGAAAAAGCGGACCGUGUAUCAGAUGGCUCUCAACAAACUGGAUGAAAUUUUGGCGGCAGCUCAGCAGACCAUCAGUGCAAGCGAGAGUCCUGGACCUGGUGGCCUUGCAUCGCUGGGCAAACACCGGCCCAAAGGCUUCUUUGCCACUGAGUCAAGCUUCGAUCCGCACCACCGCUCGCAGCCAAGUUAUGAACGUCCUUCUUACCUGCCUCCAGGACCUGGGCUUAUGCUCCGCCAAAAAUCUAUCGGGGCUGCAGAAGAUGAUAGACCCUACCUAGCACCCCCAGCCAUGAAGUUCAGCCGCAGCCUGUCUGUGCCUGGCUCGGAGGACAUCCCCCCGCCGCCCACCACGUCCCCACCGGAGCCCCCCUACAGCACACCUCCAGCCCCCUCCUCCUCUGGCCGCCUCACCCCAUCCCCCAGAGGAGGGCACUUCAACCCCAGUUCGGGUGGCCCGCUCCCCUCCUCUUCCCCCGCAUCCUUUGAUGGACCCUCCCCUCCCGACGCGCGUGUAGGGGGCCGUGAGAAGAGCCUGUACCACAGCGGGCCCCUGCCCCCCGCCCACCACCACCCGCCCCACCACCACCACCAUCACGCGCCGCCCCCCCCGCCUCACCACCACCACGCCCACCCCCCUCAUCCCCCGGAGAUGGAGACCGGCGGCUCUCCCGACGACCCCCCACCCCGACUGGCUCUGGGGCCCCAGCCCAGCCUGCGCGGCUGGCGGGGCGGCGGGCCCAGCCCCACCCCGGGCGCCCCGUCCCCGUCGCACCACGGCAGCGGGGGCGGGGGCAUCGGCUCCUCCCAGGCCCCGGCCCUGCGCCACUUCCACCUGCCCCCCCGGGCGGCCAGCGCGGCCAUGUACGUGCCAGCCCGCUCGGGCCGCGGGCGCAAGGGGCCCCUGGUCAAGCAGACCAAAGUCGAAGGCGAGCCGCAGAAGGGCGGCGGCCUCCCGCCGGCCCCGUCGCCCACGUCUCCGGCGUCGCCGCAGCCGCCGCCGGCCGCCCCGUCGGAGAAGAACUCCAUCCCCAUCCCCACCAUCAUCAUCAAGGCCCCGUCCACCAGUAGCAGCGGCCGCAGCAGCCAGGGCAGCAGCACCGAGGCGGAGCCCCCCACUCAGCCCGAGGCUGCGGGCGGCGGCGGCGGCAGCGGCGGCCCCUCGGCGCCGAGCCCCGCCCCGACCAUGUCCCCGGUGCCGCCGUCGCCCUCGCCCGUGCCCACCCCCACCCCCACCUCGCCCAGCGGCCCGGCCACCCUGGAUUUCACCAGCCAGUUCGGAGCGGCCCUGGUGGGGGCGGCCCGGAGGGAAGGGGGCUGGCAGAACGAAGCCCGCCGGCGGUCCACGCUCUUCCUCUCCACCGACGCGGGGGACGAGGAUGGCGGCGACAGCGGGCUGGGCCCAGGGGCGCCCCCGGGUCCCCGGCUGCGCCACUCGAAAUCCAUCGACGAAGGCAUGUUCUCCGCCGAGCCCUACCUGCGGCUGGAGUCUGCGGGCGCGGGGAGCGGCGGCGGCUACGGGGCUUACGCGGCCGGCAGCCGCGCCUACGCGGGCAGCGGGGCCAGCAGCGCCUUCACCAGCUUCCUGCCGCCCCGACCCCUGGUCCACCCGCUGACCGGCAAGGCCCUGGACCCCGCCUCCCCGCUCGGGCUGGCCCUGGCCGCCCGAGAGCGGGCGCUGAAGGAGUCCUCGGAGGGUGGUGGGCCCCCCCAGCCCCCUCCAAGGCCCCCAUCGCCCCGCUAUGAGGCCCCGCCGCCCACCCCACACCACCACUCGCCCCACGCCCACCAUGAGCCAGUGCUGCGUCUCUGGGGGGCCUCACCACCGGACCCCGCCCGCCGGGAGCUGGGGUACCGGGCAGGGCUGGGCAGCCAGGAGAAGUCCCUUCCGGCCAGCCCUCCAGCUGCCCGACGCUCCUUGCUGCACCGCUUGCCCCCCACAGCUCCCGGGGUCGGGCCCCUCCUCCUGCAGCUGGGGCCAGAGCCCCCGCCCCCGCACCCCGGGGUGAGCAAGGCGUGGAGGUCGGGGGCCCCCGAGGAGCCCGAACGGCUGCCCCUACACGUGCGGUUCCUUGAGAACUGCCAGCCCAGAGCCAGUGGGGCGGGGGGAAGGGGACCCCCCUCGGAAGACGGGCCGGGGGUUCCGCCGCCCAGCCCACGCCGGUCCGUACCGCCCUCGCCAACCUCCCCGCGGGGCAGUGAAGAGAAUGGGCUUCCCCUGCUUGUCCUGCCGCCCCCUGCUCCGUCGGUGGAUGUGGAAGACGGGGAAUUCCUCUUCGUGGAACCGCUGCCCCCGCCCCUGGAGUUCUCCAACAGCUUCGAGAAGCCAGAGUCGCCCCUCACACCUGGGCCUCCCCACCCGCUGCCGGACCCACCCACCCCAACCACCCCCUUGCCCCCCGGGCCACCACCUGCUGUUGCUGCCGCACCUCCCACCCUGGACUCCACGGCAUCCAGCCUGACUUCCUAUGACAGUGAGGUGGCCACACUGACCCAGGGGGCCCCCGUGGCUCCUGGGGACCCCCCUCCGCCAGGCCCACCAGCCCCGGCGGCCCCUGCUCCCCCGGCCCCACAGCCUGGCCCAGACCCACCGCCGGGCACAGAUUCCGGUAUCGAGGAGGUGGACAGCCGGAGCAGCAGCGACCACCCUCUGGAGACCAUCAGCAGCGCAUCCACACUGAGCAGCCUCUCUGCCGAGGGCGGUGGCAGCGCUGGAGGUGGCGGGGGUGGCGGGGGCGGGGGCGCCAGUGUGGCCGGUGGGCCAGAGCUUCUGGACACGUACGUGGCCUACCUGGACGGCCAGGCCUUCGGGGGGAGUGGGACUCCUGGCCCACCCUAUCCUCCACAGCUCAUGACUCCUUCUAAGCUCCGGGGCCGGGCUUUGGGGACCAGCGGAGGACUGAGGCCCGGCCCUAGUGGGGGACUCCGCGACCCUGUCACACCCACCAGCCCCACCGUCUCGGUGACAGGGGCUGGAACGGAUGGGCUGCUGGCCCUGAGUGGUUGCACGGGACCCUCAGCGGCGGCUAUGGCCGGGGGUCCGGUGGCUCUCGAGCCGGAAGGCCCGCCAGUGCCCUUGCCAUCGGCCUCCUCUCUGCCUCGGAAGCUGCUGCCCUGGGAGGAGGGCCCGGGCCCCCCGCCACCACCCCUGCCCGGGCCCCUGGCCCAGCCUCAGGCCUCAGCCUUGGCCACAGUAAAAGCCAGCAUCAUCAGUGAACUCAGCUCCAAGCUUCAGCAAUUUGGGGGCUCCUCGGCAGCUGGUGGCGCUCUGCCCUGGGCCCGGGGAGGCAGCGGGGGAAGCGGGGACAGCCACCACGGGGGAGCCAGCUACGUCCCUGAGAGGACCGCUUCCCUGCAGCGGCAGAGACUCUCUGAAGACUCCCAGUCCUCGCUCCUCUCCAAACCCGUCAGCAGCCUGUUUCAGAACUGGCCCAAACCACCUCUGCCGCCACUCCCCACAGGAAGCGGGGUCCCCCCUUCAGCCGUUGCAGCUCCAGGGGCCACCUCACCCUCAGCCUCCUCCUCCACGUCUACCCGCCACCUCCAGGGUGUGGAGUUCGAGAUGCGGCCGCCUCUGCUCCGCCGGGCCCCCAGCCCCUCACUGCUGCCCGCCUCAGAGCACAAGGUCAGCCCUGCGCCCAGGCCCUCGUCCCUGCCCAUCCUGCCUUCUGGACCCCUGUAUCCGGGCCUCUUUGACAUCCGCAGCUCCCCAACUGGAGGGGCAGGAGGCUCAGCUGACCCUUUCGCCCCUGUCUUUGUGCCACCACACCCCGGGAUUUCCGGGGGGCUUGGUGGAGCCUUGUCAGGGGCCUCCCGCUCCCUCUCACCAACCCGCCUGCUUUCGCUGCCCCCGGACAAGCCCUUCGGCGCUAAACCUCUGGGGUUCUGGACCAAGUUCGACGUGGCUGAUUGGCUGGAGUGGCUGGGCUUGGCUGAGCACCGAGCACAGUUCCUGGACCACGAGAUCGAUGGCUCCCAUCUGCCCGCCUUGACCAAGGAGGAUUACGUCGAUCUGGGUGUGACCAGGGUGGGCCACCGCAUGAACAUCGACCGGGCUCUCAAAUUUUUCCUGGAGAGGUGA